AUGAAGCUAUUCGCAUCCCUCGUAUUUUUUGCUGUCUUUGCGGCUCAAACAGCUGCACACUAUACUUUCCUCUCCCUCAUUGUUGGGGGAACAACCACUCCGCAAUGGGUGAACGCCCCGGUAUUUCCUUUCCCUCGUAUCUCCCUGGCUCCCGUAACAGACGUUACUAGCCUCGAUUUACGUUGCUAUGACACGCAGACGCAGGCGACCGCUUCAACGAUCACCGUCGUCGCUGGCACACAGCUCGGUGUCGCUUGCGACACCACGAUCUAUCAUCCUGGUGUGGUUAAUGUUUACAUGGCAAAGGCUCCCGAUGGUGAUGUCUCCACGUUCGACGGUUCGGGGACAGUUUGGUUCAAGGUCUACCAGAUCAGUGCUGUCACCAACGGUGGAACGUCUAUCUCUUGGCCUGCGCAAGAUCUGAGCAGCGUGAUAUUCACCCUUCCAUCGGCUCUACCAACUGGGCAAUAUCUCGUGCGACUUGAAGCCAUUGCUCUGCACGUUGCAUCCACAUUUGGUGGUGCACAAUUUUAUCUUUCGUGCGGCCAAAUCAACGUCACCGGUGGAGGCAGCGGUGCUCCAGGCCCUCUUGUUGCUAUUCCAGGCGUCUACACUGGCUACGAGCCGGGUAUCCUGAUCAAUAUAGAUUAUCCCAUCCCAGCCAAUUAUACCCAGCCUGGACCCCUUGUUUGGUCCGGGUAA